CCAUCCAGUCACAUAUUGAUUAGAGAAGCGUGGCACCUACACUGAGGCUGCAGGACUUUCCACGCUCAGCCCUUGGGAAGAACACAAUCGACUAAAGUGAGUCAGAGAUAGUAGGAACUGCAGAUGCUGGAGAAUCCGAGACAACAAGGUGCAGAGCUGACUAAAGUGAGUGACGCUCUUCCCAUCGUGCAGCUCCGCUCUUAAGGUUGGGAGAUUUUCCGCCAUUUUUGAAAGUGGAUCGAGUCGGUGCAGUACUAGAGGAAGAAGAGGAGGAGGAGGCGGCGGGGGGGCGGUGAAGAAGAAACUUACUGGAGGAGGAGGCAGCGGUAGCGGGUGAAGAAGGAGCUGCUGGAAUUUAGGUCUAUGUGUCGCCCACACUCUGGAAGCAGCAGCCGCCGCCGCCAUGGAGUUCCAAGGAUCUGAACCAAUGGCAUUGGGAUCACCAACAUCUCCUAAGCCAGGUGCAGGUGCUCAGUUUUUGCCUGGUUUCUUAAUGGGAGAUUUACCAGCCCCAGUAACUCCUCAGCCACGGAAUCUUUGUGGCACUUUGGCAGGAAUAACGGACAUACGAUCGCCUUUUGGAGGAGGCACUCCACCUCAACCAGUUGUACCCACUCCAAAAGACAAGUGUGGCGCACCACCAGUUCGUAGUUUAUAUGAUGAUUUGGGAAGCACAAGAACUGGACUUUCACCCAUAAGUUCACGACAACUGGCUAAUGUUUCAAAAGUUCAAACUCCUCUUUCUGGAAAUAAUGUAACUCCUGGAUCAGGUACUACUGGUAUAUUUAGUCCAGCCACUAUUGGCCAACACAGAAAGGUGACUCUUUCUCCUGCACAGGCAGAUCCUUUCUACACACAAGGAGAAUCUCUCACUUCAGAUGAUCAUUUAGAUGAUACGUGGAUCACAGUUUUUGGGUUUCCACCAGCAUCUGCUUCAUACAUCCUCCUACAGUUUGCACAAUAUGGAAACAUCUUAAAGCAUGUGAUGUCAAACAAUGGAAACUGGAUGCAUAUUCAGUAUCAAUCUAAACUGCAGGCCAGGAAAGCCUUAAGUAAAGAUGGAAAGAUUUUUGGAGAAGCUAUCAUGGUUGGAGUGAAGCCAUGCAUUGAUAAGAGUGUUAUGGAAACAGCAGAUAGAUCUAAUGGAACAUUGUUCUCAGUCUUCAGUCCAACUGUCAGUACUCCGGGUACAACUGUUCAGUCGCCUAGCACACCAAGAACAACUACAAUGAGGCCUCUGGCUGCAGCAUAUAAAGCUUGUAGCAGUGAUUAUCAGGUGGUUUCAGACAGGCAGACUCCUAGGAAAGAUGAGAGUCUUGUUUCCAAAGCCAUGGAAUACAUGUUUGGUUGGUAGUGUUCCUGUUGAGGAGCUUGAAGAGUGCAGAUUUUCUUGAAGACUUCCAGUUGCGUAAAAACACUUGAUGUGCAAUUGAGCACUCUGCUCUCUCAAUUAACAGCAAAAGCUCAACCACUAAUAGUUCGGUUAUUGUAUAACCACUGUUAUUGGGUCAUGGGUAUGCAUUUAUCAAGACCAGGUAACCUGUAAAUAGUUUGCACUUUAAAGUUUGACGUCAUGCAUAAGUUUAGAGGAAGUGUGAACACGGGUGGGUUACAACAAAAAGUUGGUAACAAAUGUUAAAAUACCAAAUCGUUGCCUUUUUAAUUUUUUGGUGCAUGCAUUUUCUCUAGUAUGAAAAAGUUUUAGGGUGGGAGGGAUCAUUUCCUGAUCAUGUACUUUAUUUCUAUGAAUUGAAAUAUAUCUCGGGUCUAAAGCUGUAAUUUUAAUCUAGGUUAUCAAGAAAACAAUAAAUAACCUUUGUAUAUUUAGGAAGCUCGGUGUGAUAUAAAUGACGUGCUAGAAUUUUUCUUGUACUGAACUGGCAGUGUUGUUUUGAGCUGCUAAAAUUUGGUAGUGAAUCAUUUUUAAAUGCCAAAGCAGUUCCAAAUUUUAAAUCUUGAGCACUAAGUAUUGACAGUAAAUUUUGCUGUUCAUUGUUUAGUAAAACAAGUUUUUAAAGGAGGUAUUUUUCUAGGACAAAUAUAAUAUACUGUGUCGAUCGGGAUUUGCAAUAGGUAGUGAAGGUUUUGGAUGGAACUUUUCUAAUUUAACCAUAUUUUAACAGAAUUGUUUGUAUUUAAGAACAGUUCAUUCUUUAUAUUCCAAAAAUCUGUUCGAGAACCUUGUCCAGCAGCAAUCUCAAAUUAAGACAACACCGUUGGAAAUAUCAAAUGGUGUGAUGAGAACCACAUUUGAAAAUAAAGUUGGAUGCAUCAAGUGGUCAUGUUCCACCGCUCGUAGUCUGACCUGCAAUAUUAUUUCCAGAUUUCAAUAGGGAUUCUAUCCGAGAAAUUUGUUUGAUGUUAAAUAUCUAUUGUAGAGGAAGAAUGAUAAAUCACAUGGAAGCCCAAAGAAUAAGUGCUUCUAAGUAUGGGAUGAAAUAGGAGUUCAAAUUUAUAGUACAAUUUUGAUUGCACAAUUUAGACCAUGCAUGUAGUGGAAGCAUUAUUAAAACCUUGCUAAGUUGAUCUCUCAAUUAUUUAUAUUUGAAUGCUUGAGUAAAGCAUUGGGAAUAUCUUUUUGUUAUGUGGAAAAAGAUGAUUGGUAGAUGUAUAACGGUAUAAAUUUCAAUAAUUGAUAUAAUUAAGAUGAAUGUUAGAGAUACUACUGCCUGUAUAAAUGUUUUCUGCAAGUGAUUUGUCACUCAUACUGUUUUUUUAAGCAAUGAAAAUGCAUGAUAUAAAGGCAAAGUAUGAUGUAAUUAAGGUUUAAAAAACAAUUUCAUGCUUACUUAUGACUUUAUAAUAAUUUUCCAUUUUCCUACAUGUCAAACUUAUAAAACAAAUCUUGAGUUACUCCAAGGUAUGGUUUGCUUCUUCACCCGUUAGGUAUUUAGUUUGGUCUUGGUUUGCAGUUUAGCAGAUCGGUGGGCAACGUAUGUAAAGCAUUUGACCUUGGUGACCCUCCAAAGUGGUUAGGUGAUAGGGGCAGCUUUACACAUGUAACCACUCACCAGUGAAUUCUGGUGGAAAUUGUACAUUUGAGAGGCUGGUAGAAGCAACAACUUAUGUUAAAAGUCUUUGCAAACAUAAAUCAUCCCAAGGUGCUUCACAAACAAAACAAUUACACUAAGCCAUGUUAGGAGGUAUUGAGUCAGAUGACCAAAUGUUCAGUCAGAGAGAGGUUUAAGGGUGGCUUAAAGGAAGAAACGAAUAUAAAGGGGCAGCAAGGGUAUUCUGGACUUGGGCAACUGACAAUGCGAUCUCCAGUGAUGGAGAUAUUAAAAUCAGGUAUGGUCAUGACCAAAGAAGAGUGGAUAACUCUGGUUGUGAGUUAAGAGGAUUACAGUAUUUUAAAGGGCUGUGGUUGAGAGGAAGUUGCAGUAUUCCAGUGAAUUCUGGAGUGGUAAGAAAUUAUGGAUAUUAAGAUAAGUGAUAGAGAAAUUUGAAAACCAAGAAAUAAAAUUUUAAAAUCAACAUGUUGCUUGACUAGAUGCCAGUGCAGUUCUGUGAAUGCAAGGAAAGUAGUUGAAUGGGACUAGGUGAAAGUUAAUACAGGGGCGGCAGAGUUUGAAUGAUCUUUAUCUCUGUGACAGAAGUUUUGGGGUCCUUACACUUAGUAUUGAAAGAGAAGGUGGAGGGUACAGAGGUUUAAACAGGCAAUUUGCAAGAGAGAAAAGGAGCCAAGAUUAUUUUGCUUUUGAAAAUGAUGCUGAAAUAAUGAGCAGUGUUAGCAUACAAGAGCAAAUAUCUGCAUUCAUGAUAACUUGCUUUUAUUAAAAUGGAGUUACAUGUAUGGGUGCUGGUAGAUAUUCAUGUUACUGCAAGUAGAAAAUGCAAUUUAAAGCUCAAAGAUAAUGACAUUUCUGUGAUCAAACAUUAACACCAAUGAGGCUAAUAGCCAAUUUGCUGCAUGAGCUAAUGAUUUGGUUAGUUGUCUUAAUUGGUUGAGGGGGGGAGGUGGGAGAAGAUGUGGAAAAGUUAGGUGUGUAUGAAGGACUGAUGUCGUUGGCCUCAAUCCCAGACAUGGUGAUAGGUUAUUUUUAAACAAACAAUCCUUGGGUCAGAGGUAGGUAAGGGAAUGCUCUUGAUAAAUUCUUUAUGGGUAUGGUCUUCUGUGCAGAGCCCUCCUCUUAUCCACACUUUGGCAAAUUCCUUCUCUUGUUGCCUUUGCUCCAUCUCAUGGUCAUGAUGUGGACAAGGAUGCAUUAUAUCCAUUGUCCCCAUACCAUUCCUGUUUCCUCCCUGAUUACAAUCACUGGCUGUCAAAAAACCACCUACACUCACCUUUACUGGCUCCAUCCCCACCUCUUUGACCGGUCUGUCUCCUAUCCACCUAGCUUCUCCUCUAUCCAUCUUCUAUCCGCCUCCCCCUCCCUAUUUAUUUCAGGACCCCCUUCCCCUCCCCCAUUUCUGAAGAAGGGUCUAGGCCCGAAACGUCAGCCUUCCUGCUCCUCUGAUGCUGCUUGGCCUGCUGUGUUCAUCCAGCUCUACACCUUGUUAUCUCAGUUAUAUGGUUGCUUUUUGGGAGGUAUUUUGUUACUUUAUUUGUAGCUUCCAGAUCUGCUGAAAAUGCCAUUGGCCUUAUUUUUGGAUGACGUAUUUACCACUGAAAUCUCUGAGGUCAAUGAAACAAACUUCAUUUUUCAUUUCUAAUGAUAAAACCUUGUAAUUCUCUAAGUUUAUAAAUAAAUCUUGCCAUUUUGUUAAUA